AUGCCACCCAAAUUGAAAGACCCCGGAAACUUCUCCAUCCCUUGUGACAUUAACAAGAUGCAAAUUGAUAAUGCCUUAUGUGACUUGGGAGCUAGUGUGAGCAUAAUGCCAUAUUUGGUUUAUCAAAGGCUUGAACUAGUGGAACUCUUACCUUCUAACAUUACCUUGCAAUUAGCCGAUAGGUCAAUCAAGUUUCCAAAAGGUAAGGUAGAAUAUGUUCCAUUGAGGGUUGGGAAGUUUGUGUUCCCGGUGAAUUUUAUUGUGUUUGAAAUGGAUGAAGAUGCUACCAUUCCAAUCAUUUUAGGUAGACCCUUUCUUGCUACCUCGGGUGCUAUGAUUGAUGUGAGGAGUGCAAAGAUUUCCCUUAAGGUAGGAGAUGAGGUCAUUGAAUUUGAUUUGAAUGAAAGCAUGAAGUAUCCAUCUUCUUCUAUAGAAUUGCAUGAUGAUUGA